AGUCUCAAGAGACCUUCAGUGAGGGUGGAGAAGAAUUAUAAGUCAGGCAAAGUACGCAGGCAGCCAGAAGGGGCAGUGCUGAAGGCCGAGGCCAGCAUCCCUCGGCCUGAGGAGCUUGAAGCUCCUAGGCUGGGGGCCUCCCAGAUGUGUGGACCUGCCCCUCGAGCUGUAGCUCUUCACCACCAUCUCUACCUUCUUCCUUCUGAGGGAUCCCGAAACUUCUGUCAUGGAAAAGUACCACGUGUUGGAGAUGAUUGGAGAAGGCUCUUUUGGGAGGGUGUACAAGGGUCGGAGAAAAUACAGCGCUCAGGUGGUGGCCCUGAAGUUUAUUCCAAAAUUGGGACGCUCAGAGAAGGAGCUGAGAAAUCUGCAACGAGAGAUUGAAAUCAUGCGGGGUCUGCGGCAUCCCAACAUCGUGCAUAUGCUGGACAGCUUUGAGACUGAUAAAGAGGUGGUAGUAGUGACAGACUAUGCUGAGGGAGAGCUCUUUCAGAUCCUGGAAGAUGACGGAAAACUUCCCGAAGACCAGGUUCAGGCCAUUGCUGCCCAGUUGGUGUCAGCCCUAUAUUAUCUGCAUUCCCACCGCAUCCUCCACCGAGACAUGAAGCCCCAGAACAUUCUUCUUGCCAAGGGUGGUGGCAUCAAGCUCUGUGACUUUGGAUUUGCCCGGGCUAUGAGCACCAACACAAUGGUGCUGACAUCCAUCAAAGGCACACCACUCUAUAUGUCUCCGGAGCUGGUGGAAGAGCGACCAUACGACCACACUGCAGACCUCUGGUCUGUGGGCUGCAUACUGUAUGAGCUGGCUGUGGGCACCCCUCCCUUCUAUACCACGAGCAUCUUUCAGCUGGUCAACCUCAUUCUCAAGGACCCUGUGCGCUGGCCCCCCACCAUCAGUCCUUGCUUCAAGAACUUCCUGCAGGGACUGCUGACCAAGGACCCUCGGCAGCGCCUGACCUGGCCAGACCUUUUACAUCACCCUUUUAUUGCUGGUCGUGUCACAAUAAUAACUGAACCAGCAGGUCCAGAUUUGGGCACCCCAUUCACCAGUCGCCUGCCCCCAGAACUUCAGGUCCUAAAAGACCAACAGGCACAUCAGCUGGCCCCCAAGGGCAAUCGAUCUCGCAUCUUGCGUCAAGCCUGUAAGCGCAUGGCUGAGGAGGCCAAGAAGAAGAAACACCAGAAUACAGGACCUGCCCUUGAGCAAGAAGACAGGACCAGCAAGGUAGCUUCUGGCACGGCCCCUCUGCCCAGGCUAUGGAACACUCCUCAGGAACCAGGUCUCUUGGCUGGGAUCAUGGCCUCAGAAACGAAGAGCAGCUGGGCUGAGUGGGGGGCUGGAGAAGCCCCCCCUAUACCUCGAGAAAACCGGGUCACCCAGGAUUGUGAACGAGCAUUCCCAGAGCUGAGGCCAGAGGCUGCGGGCCAGCGGAGCAUUGACGCAGUGGACCUAGAAAACGAGGAGCCAGACAGUGACGACGAGUGGCAACACCUGCUAGAGACCACCGAACCUGUGCCCAUCCAGCUGAAGGCCCCUCUCACCCUACUGUGCAAUCCUGACUUCUGCCAGCGCAUCCAGAGUCAGCUGCAUGAGGCUGGAGCGCAGAUCCUGAAAGGCAUGCUGGAGGGUGCUUCUCAUAUCCUUCCUGCACUCCGGGUCCUGAGCAGUCUUCUGUCCAGCUGCAGUGACUCUGUUCCCUUGUACUCCUUCUGCCGUGAGGCAGGACUCCCUGGGCUGCUGCUCAGCCUACUCAGACACAGCCAGGAGAGCAACAGUAUUCAGCAGCAAUGUUGGUAUGGGACCUUCUUACGGAACCUGAUGGCUGUGAUUCAGGCCUACUUUGCCUGCACCUUCAAUCUGGAGAGGAACCAGACAGGUGACAGCCUACAGGUAUUUCAGGAAGCCGCCAACCUCUUUUUGGACCUGCUGGGGAAGUUCCUGGCCCAACCAGAUGACUCAGAGCAGACUUUGAGGAGGGACAGCCUCAUGUGCUUUACCGUUCUGUGUGAAGCCAUGGAUGGAAAUAGCUGGACCAUCUCCAAAGCCUUUUACUCAAGUCUGUUGACUACACAGCGGGCUGUGUUGGACGGGCUCCUUCAUGGCUUGACAGUUCCACAGCUCCCUUUCCACACACCUCCAGGAGCCCCUCAAGUGAUCCAGUCGCUGCGGGAGCAGAGUGAGGAUCUGCCUGGAGCCAUUUCCUCUGCACUGGCAGCCAUGUGUUUUGCUCCUGUGGGGCUGCCUGGCUGCUGGGAAGCCAAGGAGCAGAUCUCUCGGCAUUUGGCAAAUCAGCUCACCGAAGACAACAACCAGCUGAGGCCAUCCCUCAUCUCUGGCCUGCAGCAUCCCACCCUGUGCCUACAUCUUCUCAAGGUUCUGUACUCCUGCUGCCAUGUCAGUGAGCGCCUGUGCCGUCUUCUAGGGCGAGAGCCCCAGGCCUUGGAGUCGCUGUUGAUGUUGGUCCAGGGCAAGGUAAAAGUAGUGGAUUCGGAAGAGUCUACUGAAGUGACGCUCUACCUCCUCUCCCUUCUUGUCCUUCAGCUCCAAGAUCUGCCUUCCGGAAUGGAGAAGCUAGGCAAUGAGAUUGCUACUGUCUUUACCCGUUCACACGUCGUCUCUCUUGUGAGUGCAGCAGCCUGUCUGCUGGGACAGCUUGGUCAGCAAGGGGUGACCUUUGACCUCCAGCCUGUGGAGUGGAUUGCUGCAGCCACACAUGCCCUGUCUGCCCCUGCGGAGGUCCGGCUGACUCCACCAGGUGGCUGUGGAUUCUACGACGGCCUCCUUGUCCUACUGCUGCAGCUGCUCACGCAGCAGGUUAAGGGUAGCCUGAUAAGGGACUUGGCUAGCUCAGAAAUGUGGACCGCUCUGUGGCACCGCUUCUCCAUGGCUCUGAGGCUCCCUGAGGAAGUACCUACCCAGGAAGAGGAGCUGCUGCUGUCCAGUCCACAAAGCCCAGAGCCAGACUGGACACUCAUCUCACCUCAAGGCAUGGCAGCCCUGCUGAGCCUGGCCAUGGCCACCUUCACCCAGGAACCCCAGUUAUGCCUGAGCCACCUGUCUCAGCGUGGAAGUAUCCUCAUGUCCACCCUGAAGCAUCUGCUUUCCCCCAGCUUCCUGCAUCAGCUGGGCCAGGCGCCUCACGGGUCUGAGUUUCUCCCCGUCGUGGUGCUCUCUGUCUGCCAGAUCCUCUGCUUCCCCUUUGCCCUGGAUGUGGAUGCUGACCUCCUUGUGGGUGUCUUGGCUGACCUCACGGACUCAGAAGUUGCAGCCCACCUGCUACAGGUCUGCUGCCACCAUCUUCCGUUGCCACAAGCUGAGCUGCCCAUCAGUCUCCUCACACGCCUGGCCCUCACAAAUCCCAUCUCUCUCAACCAGUUUGUGAAUACAGUGGCUGCCUCACCUAGAACCAUCAUCUCGUUCCUCUCCGUUGCCCUCCUGGGUGACCAGCCGCUGCUGACCUCUGACCUGCUCUCUCUUCUGGCCCACACAGCCCGGGUUCUGUCUCCCAGCCACUUGUCCUUUAUCCAAGAACUUCUGGCUGGUUCUGAUGAAUCCUAUCGGCCCCUGCGCAGCCUUCUGGGCCACCCAGAGAAUUCUGUGCGAGCCCGUACUUAUGGGCUCCUGGGACACUUGCUUCAACACAGCAUGGCCCUGCGUGGGGCACUGCAGAGCCAGGCUGGACUGCUCAACCUCCUGCUGCUGGGGCUUGGAGACAAGGACCCUGCUGUGCGGCGCAGUGCCAGUUUUGCUGUGGGCAAUGCAGCCUACCAAGCUGGUCCUCUGGGACCUGCCCUGGCAGCUGCAGUACCUGGUAUGACCCAGCUGCUUGGAGAUCCUCAGGCUGGAAUCCGGUGUAAUGCUGUGUCAGCUCUGGGCAACUUGGGGCCUGAGGGGUUGGGGGAAGAGCUGUUGCAGUGCCAAGUACCCCAGCGGCUCCUAGAGAUGGCAUGUGGAGACCCCCAGCCAAAUGUGAAGGAGGCCGCCCUCAUUGCCCUCCGGAGCCUCCGCCAGGAGCCCUGCAUCCAUCAGGUGCUGGUGUCCUUGGGUGCCAGUGAGAAAUUAGCCUUGCUCUCUCUGGGGAAUCAGUUACUGCCGCACAGCAGUCCCAGGCCUGCCUCUGCCAAACACUGCAGGAAACUCAUUCAUCUCCUGAGGCCAACCCACAGCACGUGAUCCCAGAUUUCUGGGGUCCAGCCUUCAACCUUCGUUGCCCUACUAUUGCCAACUUUUUCUACAAUACAAACCACCAACUGGUAACCAAGAGCAAAAGAGAUUUAAAAAGAGAGAUAAGCUGCCAACUCAACUGAUUUGAGAACAAGAAACUAGAAGAGAUUUCUGUAUUAAUUUUCUUCCUACCCCCAGAUUCAAGAUGAUUUCAACUAGUAAACUUCAUUGCUGUUGGUGCCAGAGAAGAUUCCUUCCUUCUCUACAUCCAGGGGUCUUUUCUCCAAUACAAUGCCUUUAAUCCCAGGAACAUGCCUCCCAAGCCUUAGGGAGACACCAUCUACCUGAGAGAGCUCUUCCUUUCUAUAUUCCUCCCAGCAGGUUCUGGGUUUAGGUGCACUGGCCCCAGGACAGUGAUGAAGACAGCCUGUCUCAGCUCUAGGCUAUGGGGAUAAAUGCCAUCAGUCCCUGUUGUGGAGGGUUCCCCAGCCUUUAGCCCACAUUCUCAUCCAUGAGAGGGAGUGUGGAGUUGUGCUGUUGUUUUUUUUUAAGAUUUGUUUGUAAACUCUUGUAAUAAAAGGUUUGCCUUACCUUACUCUGAGCUGCCAGGGCAAGGGGUUGGGUGGGUCAGCUCCCUUGAGCUGCUGUGUCGUGCUGGAAGAACUGGUGUCUUGUUCACACGAGAUCCUGGUGUGGGAGGUAAUUUCUGUCUCUUCCUGCCUCUCGGCUUCCUCCACCCCAAAUGAGCUACAGGUGGAUACCUACUUUCAACCCUAAGCCAGUGGAGCUGAAAUAGGAAAGGAUAGGAUUAAAUAGAGAGAUAAAUGGGAUUGCUUUGAGAUCUCAGUCUUAGUACUUAGUUUUAAUAUUUGGUGGGGUUUCGGUGCACAGGGAAGCCCAGAUGCUUUACUAGGGUAGCUGUUUGUGGAGAUUGUGCAGUUUACCAUAAAGGGGUAUUCGGCAGACCCAUUAGGUAGAAUCACAAUCCAGCUGGAAAAGCUUAAACCUUGAUUCAUUGGCUAGCUUGUGACAAGCUUCCGAGGGCCCUCAUUUCUCCAUCCAUAAAAUAGGAGACUAUUUUUUGUCUUUCCUUAAAUUCCAGUUGUUGAAAUGAAAGAUGUUCCUCAUUUUUACGAGGAAUUUUAUUUAGUCCUUGUCUUCAUUGCCCACCGACUGUGUUUAUAUUUUAGCAAAAAUAACGUUUUUUCUAGAGACCCCAUAAUUUCUUCCUAUCUAAAUUAUUUCAAUUCAAUUUAACAUUUAUUGAGUCUUUUCUAUAUGCCAGAAACUCUUCUGGGCACUGGAUAUAAAGCAGUGCCCGCUGUCAUCGUCUUUCCAUUCUGGUGGGGAAAAUUGCAGGGAUGAGGGAAUGAGCAGUGCAGCUAUCUGAGGAAAAAGCAUGGGCGGAGAGAAUGAUCACCUCAAAGGCCCUGAGGUACCUGGCAUGCUUUUGGAGCUAUGAGGAGGCCAGUUUGGAUGGAAGAAGUGAAGAUGGGGGAGAACAAUAGGCAAUGAGGACAAGGAGGUCAUGGGGACCAGAUGUUGUAGGCCUUGUAGAACUUGUAUUUUGAAUAGAGUAGGGAUCUAUUGGAGAAUUUUGAACAGAGGAAGGCUGUGAUCUACCUUAUGUUCUAAAGGAUUACUCUUCAUUCUGGUGUUGUGAAUGGCCUGGCAGAGUUGGGGAGGAUGGGAAGCAGGGUGAACAGUUAAGAGGCUAUUGUAAUAAUCCAGGUAUUACAUAAUCCAGAGAUAAGAGGCUAUUGAACAGUUAAGAGGCUAUUGUAAUAAUCCAAGUAUUACAUAAUCCAGAGAUAAUGGUGUUCUGGACUGGGGUGGUGCCAAUGGAGUGGUGAAAAGUAGUUGUAUUUUGAAUAUGUUUUGAACCUAGAGCAAAGAAGAUUUCUGAACUGAUUGGAUGUGGGGGUGUUAACAAAGGAAAGCAAACAAAGAUGACUCCAAGGUUUUUGGUGUGAAUAAUUGGAAGGAUAGAAUUGCCAUUAGCUGAAAUGGGCAAGGCUAUUAGUGGAGUGGUAGUGGGUAGGAAAACUUAAGUUCAUUUUUGAACAUGUCAGGUGUAUUAGUUGGAAAUUUCACACACAAAAGUAGAGAGUCCAGUGAAAACCAUCACUGCUUCAACAGCUAUACUAUCAAUCUCUUAUUUUUCUAUUCAGGUAUUUUAAAACAACGUAUGAUGGCAACGUAUGAUGUUACCCAUAAGUACUUCGGUGUGUAUCUCUAACAGAUCAGAACUUUUUGUUUUUGUUUUUAACCAAACCACAGUACUUCACAAGACUUGCCUGGAUUUAGGCAAAUAUAGUAUUUUAAAAUCUGGAUUUUUUUCUAAAAGAAAUUAGAAUUAACUUAUGAAAGAAUUAUUUUUUCCCCAAAAUAUUUUAUUAAAUACUAGUUUGAAACACCAUGCUUAUCUGGUACAUAAACAAUUUGAUGUAGAGAAAUUAAAAAUACAUCCAAACACUCUAGGCUAUUGAAUAAACCAAUAGUUAAUCAUUUUAUGAUGAUGUGUAAUAAGAAAACAUGUUCCCAUUCUUGGGAGCACACAAGCUAAAGGAUUAGAAAUUUGAAAACAAUUUUACACUAAGCAGUCGUUGCACGAGGUACUGAGAGGAUUUGGAGUGAACGGUCUGAGUAGUGCCUGGAAUUCAAAGAAUGGAAGGUUUGAGAAUUUGUGCCUGUGUAUAAUUGUAUGUGUUUUACCUUUUUUUGGAAGGGAGAGGGAGCUUAAAGUUUUUAAACAUGCACAAGUAGAAAGAAUGGCAUAGUAAACCUCCAUACCCCUGAUCCCACAGAUUCAGCUGUUAUCAACAUUUUGCCACCCUGGUUCUACCUAUUCCUUUUUUAAUUUUGUCAUUGCUAUAGUUUAAAAAGCAUUCUAUUUUGAAAUAACUUAAAAUUUCAAGAAAAGUUCUAAGAAUAAGACAAAGAGCUCCCAUAUACCCUUUUACCCAGAUUCAUUGUUGACAUUUUGCCACAAUUAGUUUUAUCAUAUUUUUCUGAAACGUUUGAGAGUAAGUUGUAAAUAUCAGGCCCUUUUACCUUUAAAUACUUAAAUGUAAAUUUCUUAAGAUCAAGGCUAUUUACUUAUGUAACCACUGAUACGAUUAACAAAAUUAGGAAAUUUAACAUUGGCAUAAUACUAUUUACUAAUCUACAGCUCUUAUUAAAAUAUUGCCAAUUGUUCCAAUAAUGUUCUUUAUACCAGUUUUUUUCCUGGUCCAGGAUCCAAUCUAAGAUCAUGAUUUAUAUUUGGUUGUGAUUCUCUUUAGCCUCUAAUCUAGAACCAUUCCUCAUCCUGUGGUUGUCUUUUAUGACAAUGAUUGACAUUUUGAAGAGUACUGGCCAAUUUGGGUAUAUCUAAUGUUUCUCUGUGAUUUGAUUCAAGUUAUACAUUUUUGUCAGAAACAUGACAUAAGUAAUGAUGUAUCCUCUUAGUACAUCAUAUCUGGAAGUUGAUGAUGUUGCUUUGCCCUGUUAUUGGUGAAAUUACCUCUGAUCACUUGGCUAAGGUGAGCUGGGCAAAUUUCUGUGGCCGUAUCUUUUUUUUUUAAAUAGAUUUUCUAUUUUAGAAAAGUUUUAGAUUUAUAGAAAAUUGAGCAUAUAGUACACAGCUCACAUACCCCACUCCUAUACACAAUUUUCCAUAUUAACAUUUUAUAGUAUACAUUUGUUAAAAUUAAUGAGCCAAUAUUUAUAUAUUAUUUACUAAAACCUAUAUUUUAUUCAGAUUUCCUUAGCUUUUACCUAACAUCCCUUUUUUGUUCCAAGAUCUCAUUACACAUUACGUUUAGUUGUCUCCUUGGGCUCCUCUGGCUGUAACACUUUCUCAGAAGUUUCUUGUUUUUGAUGACCUUGACAGUUUUGAGAAGUACCGGUCAGGUAUUUUGUAGGAUGUCCCUCUAUUGGAAUUUGUCUGAUGUUUCUCAUGAUUAGACUAGGGUUAUAGGUUUUGGGGAGGAAGACUACAGAAGUAAAGUGAUAUUUUCAUCACAUACCAAGGGCACUUACUAUCUACAUGAUCAUACCUCUUGAUGUUGACCUUGAUUACCUAGCUGAAGUAGUGUUUGUCAGAUUUUUCUGUUGUUACUCUUUUUGCCCUACCCCACUCCCUUUUCUGUACUCUGCUCUUUGAAAGCAAGUCCCUGCACAACCAGCACUUAAGGAGUAAAGAGUAAUGCUCCUCUUCCUUUAGGGCUGAGUACCUACAUAAUUUAUUUGGAAUUCUGCACAGGAGAUUUGCCUCUUUAUCGCAUUUGUUAAUGUAGUCAACCAUUUAUUUAUACCAGGGACUCAUGGAUAUUUGUUUUAUACUUUCGAUUAUAAACUACUACUUUAUUUAAUUUUGUUGCUCACAUUGUUCCAGCUUUGGUCAUUGGGAGUUCUUUUAGUUAGCUCCUGUGACAUACUCCCAACAAUGUGGUUUUGUUUAGUUUUUUUUUUUUUUUAACACCUUUCUGGAACUACAAGAUAUUUCAGGCUCAUCUUGUAUAUUUCCUGCCCUAGUCCUAGAAACUAGUCCUAGAAACCUAGUUCUCCAAGGAUCCCUUCUCAGAACACUUACAUUAGCCUAAAGUUGGGCAAAACCAUGGAACAUAAAGUCUAUUUAUGAUAAAGUGUUGAAUAUCUCAUGUAAUUGAUUGAAUACUGUACUGAAAGUGAAAAACAGAAUGGUUGUAGGAUACUUACCAUUAACAUACACAGCUGAACACCCUGGGUCUGAAGAAUGUUUGAAGCAUUAAACUAAAUUUUAUCACAAGAGAGUAGUAUUCUGCAUAUCACUAGUCUGGGAAAAGAUUAAAUUCAAAAUUUGAA